GGAUCGCAUCGGUGAACCCCAGAUUGCGUGAGACUGGAUCAAGCAGACUGCCCGAGUGUUGGAAGAUCUCAAUGUACCCAUGGACAAUUAUCCCAUACUGGCUUCUCAAUUGCUUCGAAAGGAAGCCUACGAGUGGUGGAAGAGGACAGAUGAGAGUGCGGGAACCCCUAAGCCGUGGACAUGGGCACAUUUCGAAUGGGCAUUCAAGCAAGAAUAUAUUCCGAAACGAUUUAGCGAGGAAAGACGUAAGGAAUUUGUUGAACUGGAACAGGGAGACAUGACACUCCCUGAAUAUCGUCAGAAGUUUACCAAACUCGCAAAGUUUGCACAAACCUUAGUAAAUACCCCAACCGAUCGCAUUGAGGAGUUCAGGAAGAAACUUCGACCUGACCUCAGGUCACGUGUAUCUGUUCUAACCACUGUGGAUUUCGCGGAGGCCUACGAUCUCAUUGCCAGGGCAGACAGCGACUUGAGUGCUUGCAUUGAGUAUCUGAAGACAAAUAAUGUCAGCUCAAGCACUCACCGUCCCACCGGCUCUGCCUCAAAAGGGAAAAGGCCCUUUCAAGAACCUAGCAAUUCACAUAUCUCUAAAAAGGGAAAAUUUGUACAAACUCAGUCGAUGGCAUCCGUUGAUAAGUCCAAAAAGCGGAGGUAUCCAACUUGCGAGCACUGUGGAGGGAAUCACCCGGGAGAAUGCUGGCUUAAGCAAGGGUUGUGUCUUGGCUGUGGAAAACCAGGACACUUUAGAAAGGAGUGCCCUACAAACCCCGGAGAACCGUAUCCACCUGCCCCUGUUGUUAGUCAAGCAGCAUCGGCACGACCUGCACCAAGUCAACGCUCAACAGCGGGGUCUAAUCCAGCCAAGAAUCAGAACCAACAACAAGGACGAGCUCCUGCUCGUACAUAUGCAAUGAAAACACGAAUUGAGGAGAACCCUGAUGUCAUCCAGGGUAUGUUCUCCUUAUUUGAUACUGUCAUGGAUGUGUUGAUAGACCCCGGAUCAACUUUGUCUUAUAUCUGUGUACAAAUGCCUGAAAAAGCUGACAUAAUGAAAGAACAUUUAGAACAACCUAUACUAGUGUCUAACCCGUUAGGACAUAGUAUGAGUAGCAUCUCUCAAAGUCAAGCAACGAGGAAGAAACUCAAGCAAACCAUCCAACUCUCCCCAACUCUCCCCUCCCUUUUGGCUCGGCUCAGCAGUAGGAAGCAACAAGGAGGAACGGCGAUCGAGAAGAGAAGGAGGGGAAAGAAAGAGGAAGAAGUCCAUUCUUUAAACGUUCGUGAGACGUGGUGCUGUUCGUAGCGCCGUUCGUACCAUUUUCCUCUUCAAUCAACCGUUUGCUCUAGAAGUGAGUACAUUGCCCCUCUAGCUUUAGAACUCAUAGUUAUAUUCAAUAUAGUUAUGUUCAUAGG